UACUGUUUCUAUAUUCUAUAUGAUACUCAUUGCAAACGAUAAACUUGACUGUUGGGGAAAUAAGGUUUAAAUUUGAAUAGUUUGUAUCAUGUUCCCGCCCGCUGCUGUGAGGGUGUGGUCCGUUUCAAUCGAAUUAUAAAUAACCUAAAGCUGCUUUUCCAGAAAGGUAGCUUAUGUCCAUUUGAGUGCUUCCUUUUCAAUAUAGAGCACGUACUUUCAUUUCGUGUGAAGCAUAGCAUCUAAAACUAAACUGUGAAUGGGUUUUUCAGAAGCUUUGAGUUUAUUAAGGAGUAAACGGCAAUGGACUCCUUAUUGCAAAGUGAAUCUGCACUCAAGCAUCAGACAUCAGACAAUGAAGUGCCACAGGAUCUGAAUGUUGAAUUAAAAGGUGACCGUGCUUCUGAAGACAGGCAGGAGAGACCAGACUCACCAGUGGCCAGCUGUAUGUCAAUGAGCAGUGACACGUCCAUGGAUCUGCCAUUUGCUUAUUUUAAAUGUGACAGCAAUCCAGGACACAGGCAGAAAACAUCAGACUCUGAAAGGCUGACUUGUGCAUCAUUAAAGAGCAAUGCAUCAAAGGAUCAGGGUGUUGAAUUCAAAGGUCGAGGCACUUCUGGCGACGGGCAAGAGAGAUUGGACCCAGCACUGCCCAGCUGUGUGUCCAUGGGCCGUGACACCAUAAACUACCCCAAUUCUAAACACAGGUUAAUUAGGCAGCCCAGAAUGGUCAGUGGUGUGUCCAUAAGUGAGUGUGAUUUGCCAGAAUCUACAUUUACACAGUGCAGAAUUCAAUUCCAAAUGAAACUAAUGAGAAAAUUUCAGUUUUUACAUGAAGGAAGAGAACCGAAAGGAAGCCCAACACUCCUAAAUGAGAUUUAUACUGAGCUCUACAUCACAGAUGCUAAAGAAAGCACUCAAGAAUGUGAAAUCAGACAGAUUGAAACAGCAGCUAUGAAAGCAGUGACGGAGGACAGACUGUCAAUCAACUGCAAUGACAUUUUCAAGCCGUUACCUGAACAAAAACAUCGUAUCAGAACUGUGAUGACUAAAGGAUUCGCUGGCAUUGGAAAAACGGUGUCUGUGCAGAAGUUCAUUCUGGACUGGACUGAAGGGAAAUCAAAUCCGGAUGUCCACUUCAUAUUUCCACUUCCUUUCAGAGAGCUCAAUUUGAUAAAUGACAAAAACCUCAGUCUUUUAGAUCUUCUACAUGUUUUUUUCCCUGAAACCAAGGAAGUAGAUAUUUUCAGUGAUGAAUAUACAGUGUUAUUUAUCUUUGAUGGUCUAGAUGAGUGCCGUUUUCCCUUAAAUUUUCCCAGCAAUGAGAUUCUACAGGAUUCAACUAAAGUCACAUCAGUAGACAUGCUGCUGACAAACCUGAUUGCUGGAAAUCUGUUUCCCUCUGCUCUCAUCUGGAUCACCUCCAGACCAGCAGCAGUUGAUCUCAUCCCCAGUGAGUGCGUUCAUAGACUGACAGAGGUACGCGGCUUCGAUGACCCUCAGAAGGUUCAAUACUUUAGGAAGAGAAUCAGAGAUGACAAUCUAGCUGAGAAAAUCAUCUCGCACCUAAAGUCAUCGAGGAGUCUCUUCAUCAUGUGCCACAUCCCAGUCUUCUGCUGGAUCUCAGCCGCUGUUCUAGAGAAAAUGUUGAGUCAAGCAGAGAGUGGAGAGAUUCCCAAGACUCUCACUCAAAUGUUCACACACUUCCUGAUCAUUCAGAUCAAAAUCAAAUAUAAGAAGGACUAUGAGAAGACAGAGACAGAUGAAGAGAUGAUCCUCAAACUGGGAAGACUGGCUUUUCAGCAGCUUGUGAAACACAACGCUAUCUUCUAUGAAGAAGAUCUGAGAGAGUGUGGCAUUGACGUGACUGAAGCAUCAGUGUACACUGGGUUGUGCACUCAGAUCUUCAGAGAGGAGUUUGGGCUACAUUCAAGGAAAAUCUAUUGCUUUGUUCACCUCAGCAUUCAGGAACAUCUUGCUGCUAUGUAUGUGCAUCACACUUUCACAACACAGAAUGUUAAUGUGUUUGACCAAAUUACUGAACCAUCUCGUGAAGCAACAUCCAGGCAGAUAUUUGACCUGCAUCAGAGAGCUAUUGAUGAGACCUUACAAAAUAAAAAUACACACCUGGGCCUAUUUCUUCGCUUCCUUCUCGGCUUUUCACUUGAGCCCAAUCAGACUCUUUUAAAGGUUCUUCUGUCACAGACAGAAACCAGGUACCACAAUUUAGAGAAAACGAUUGAAUACAUCAAGAAGAUGAUAGAGCACCAUCCCACUCCAAAUAAAUUCAUCAGUUUGUUCCACUGCCUUAAGGAUCUGGGUGACCGUUCACUUGUGAAACAAAUUGAGUGUUAUCUCAAUCAAAGAGCUCUUACUACAGCCAAAUUAACCCCUUUACAGUGGUCAGCUGUCGUGUUUGUUCUUCUGACUUCAGAGCACUUGGAUGUGUUUGAAUUGAAGGCAUAUGCUUGGAGAACUGGCUGUGCAAAAAUGGUGCAAGUUCUUUCGUAUCUUGUGCCUGUGAUUAAAGCAUACAAAUCAGUACGGCUGAAUGGUUGUGGUAUCACAGAUGAAGGUUGUUCUGCUCUGGCUUCAGCUCUCAUAUCAAACCCUUCCCACUUGUUAGAACUGGAUUUGUCAUUUAAUGAACUAGGAGAUAGAGGAAUUAAAUGCCUGUCUGAUGGACUGAAGAAUGGUCUUUGUAAAGUAGAGAAACUAAAGCUGAAGAAAUGUGGUAUAACAGAUGAAGGCUGUGCUGCUCUGGAUUCAGCUCUAAAAUCAAACCCCUCACACCUGAGAGAGCUAGAACUGACUACAAAUAAUGUAGGAGAUUUGGGAGUGAACUGGCUAUCUAUUGCUCUAAAGAAUCCUGAAUGUCUACUGAAAAUUCUGAGGCUGACUGGUUGUGGUAUUACUCACAAAGGUUGUGAUGCUCUGGCUUCAGCUCUAAAAUCAAACCUCUCGCAGCUGAAAGAGCUUAACCUGGCUAACAAUGUCAUAGGAGACUCGGGGCUGAAGCUGUUGUCUGCUGCACUGGCGGAUCUUCGCUGUAAACUACAGACACUCGGGUUAAAUGAUUGUGGUAUCAAGAAUGAAGGUUGUGCAGCUCUAGCUUCAGCUCUGAGAUCAAACCCCUCACACCUGAUAGAGCUGGAUCUGUCUGGAAAUAAAGUAGGAGACUUUGGGGUACAGAUUCUCUCUACUGCACUGGAGAUGACAUACUGUAAACUUGGAAAACUCAAGUUGGUGAAUUGUGGUAUCACAGAUGAAGGUUGUUCUGCUCUGGCAACAGCUCUGACAUCAAACCCUUCACACCUGAGAGAACUUGAUCUGUCUGGAAAUAAAGUACAAGAUUCAGGAGUACAGAUGUUGUCAAGUGGACUGGAGAAUUAUUACUGUCAACUGGAAACACUGAGGCUUAUGAGUUGUGGUAUCACAGAUGAAAGUUGUGCAGCUCUUUCUUCAGCUUUGACAUCAAACCCCUCACACCUGAGACAGCUGGAUCUGUCUAAAAAUAAACUAUCAGACUCGGGAAUAAACCUGCUCUCUACUGGACUGAGCAAUCCUCGCUGUAAAGUGGAGAAACUUAGGUUGCAGGAUUGUGAUGCCACGGACGAAGGUUGUGUUGCUCUGGCUUCAGCUCUCAGAUCAAACCCCUCACACCUGAAAGAACUAGAUCUGUCUGAUAAUAAAUUAGGAGAUUUAGGAGUGAAUCUUCUAAGUACCGGACUAGAUUACUGUAAACUGGAGAUACUCAAGUUAAAACAUUGUGGUGUCACAUAUGAAGGAUGUGCUGCUCUGGCUGCUCUCCUGCGCUCAAAUCUAAAAUAUGUGGAUCUGUCUGCUAAUAUACUUGAGGAUCUAGGAGUGCAGCUUCUUUCUGCUCUGUCUUACUAAGUAUUCUUGAUGUAAAGUGGAAAUAUUCAGGUACGAUUACAUCAUCAAGACCGAUACUACAAUAGGGCAUAUUGGCUGCUUGUGGGUACUUGUUUUCUAACUUUAUUCAGUUCUAUGGUUAUAUGUGGACCAUGUUAGCAGAUUUGAAUAUAAUAGCAAUAGUUAUACUACAAAGCAAGAGUCUCAUUGGUUUUUAUUUGAUGGCUUUUCCCCAUAUAAGAAAUGAUGAUAGGACCAUAGAGACUGCGGAAUCUCUCAUUUUGUUACUAUUCAAAUAUAGUCAAAUAGUGUUUUGAUGCCUUGAAGUCACAUGGAAGACUGUUCAGAGGACAACGGGGUUUAAAUGUAAAUCAUGUACCAGCAGAGGGCAACAUACAUUUCAUAUAGAAAAACACAGCAGUUAUACAUCUUUACCAGUGGUAAGGCCAUAAAUCAGCAAAUGAGUGGACCUGGCAAAAAUAGUUUAGAGCUCUAUCUCUAUCUGUAUACAGCUGUACGCUUGGCCUUAAACACUUUACUUUUGCACAUUCUCCUUUUUUGUACACUUUAGAUCACUAUGUACACAAUUCUUUUAUUCAUUUAUUUUGUGGCUCAUUGUGGAGCUUAAAUGUUGUAUUUCCCAUUGAUUCCUUUGUUUGUUUGAUUAGAUUUUUUUUUUUUUAUGAGGGGUCAACACACCUGACUUACAUUUAAACCACCGGGCUCAAUUAUACACAAUACCUGUAUAUCUCCCCAUACCUAGCCACGUUUCUACAAUGCAUGCCAUUACAAGAUUUUUAUUUUUUUUUUACAUUUGCAAUGCUUUUUCUGAGGUUCAAUGUGUAAAAAAAAAAAAAAAAAAACUCUUGCCAAUGCAAUGCACUAAUGUACGCAUUUAAUAUCAUUAAACUGUUUUAAAACACCACUUUUGUCAGUAUCCAACAUUUUUAGCAUCACAUUUUAACUUUCUAAAUUAUAGCUACUACCCCGACUUUCAACUGUGUCACAAAGUAAGCAUUCGCAUAGAGAAACAAUGGCAGCCGCUACGGACCCGCUGUUUGUGCAGGUGGUACACUAUAUAAAAUAAAAAGUUAUAACAGCUUCUUGCGCCGUCUUCAUCAUCGGUUUCAAGCAUAUUUUGCGAUAGAAAUUAUUGUAAAUGAGCAUAAGCCCCGUACUG